AUGGAACAACCACCAUCAUUGCCAGCUCAAAAGAACACUCCAGCUCGGCGACGCGCAAAGCGCCCCGUCAACUCGCCCGCUCGAAAGACGUAUGCCUCCGAAAACGACAUGCCGAGCGAAGCAGUCUUUCCGAUUGAAUUAGGAGGGCCCCUCACCCCUCAAAAGCCGGCUCUCAACAGCCUGGCGCCCUCGUCGCAGCCCAACCAAGGCAGGUCCAAGGGCAGGAAUGGGAACAGAAGCCGGCCAAAACAGGUAUCAUCACCCGGUCCUGCAAAGCAAGGCCGAACAACACCUCCGCAAACAUCAGCGCCAAAGCCUAUAUCCGCGCCUGCAUUUGCCGGCGCGACCUUCCAUGCGUCUCCGGCACCCUCAUCUCUUCCUAUCCCCAGCUUCCUGUCCAAGGCCCUAGACUCGCCUUCGGUGCAGGAGACCGACCAUGCCAGCCGCGAGCCGUCGCCGCCUGCCACCGACUCUGAAGCCCCCACUCCGCAGCACCGCAUUCUGUCUGCAGACAUAACCCGGCAUGAGUCACCCCUUGACAUCUUCUUCCGUGCCGAUCGUGCCGAGAAAGAGCGGGCGCGCAGGGCGAGUUCCGCCAACAUCCUCGGUCAUCCGAAACCCGUCCCGUUCUCCCCUCCCACGCAGACCCGCUCGCCGGCGGAGCCUACGACCCUCCCAGCCGGGCUGUUCGGCGGCCCCGGCAAUCGCCGCCCCCCGUUCCAUCGCAAUGCCUCCUCUGGUAUCCCCGCCAGCGAGCUUGACGGUACACAAGAUUCCGUUAUAGGGCCGGCUCUUUCCAAGCCGUACCAGGAGCGUAUCCGGGAAGCCCAAUCUAGUAGAAAGCCUUCCGAAACCGGGCCCAGGUCCGCUCCAUCGACACAGGAUGCGUCGACGCUAGACAUGAGCGAGAGGCUGAAGCGGUUCCUUGCUAUCCCGUCCGUCGAAGCCGACCAGCCACCUCCGAAACCCCCUGCUGUGUCCCGGCCGGUGCCUACCAACACCUUGCCGGCAGCUUUCCCUACUGGGGGCGCUCACCCUGAACCGCAGCCCGCCACACUCCCAUCCCCCUUCUCAAGGCGACCGGAUGCUAAUGUGCGCCGGGGACCUGCGACUCAAGGCCCACCGCCCCUUCCUUGUGGUUUCUCGCCGGGCAAGCAAGCGAGCCCGCUGCCAACGGCGGCUGCUGCUGCUGCUGCAGGAAGCCCGGAAGGCAGCCGCUCGCCGGAGAUCCUGCACAUGGAGGAUAGCCUUCGGCGUAUGCUCAAGCUGAACCUCGGGCCGACAUCGUCGGCUGUGCCGCCGCCGACUACCUAUCAGAGCUCGUGA